CGUACAGUCAGCCCACAACUAUCGCAUUCCCGUCUUCAUACACUCGUUGUCGUCGCAAUUGACAGAAGAUAAGCGCGCCGGCCCCUGAUACUGAGAAGAGAGACGAUCCAAGACGAGCGCCGCCGCAAUGGCUCUCGCAUCAUUCAAAGUCGGAGCCAAAGAGCUCUUUAUCCCCGACGUCAGUAUCGCUCUCCUUCGUACCCCCGGACUUCCCGCCAAUAAUGCCAAAUUCCACGUUCCACUCUGGUUCUCCAAACUCGACCUCCGCGAUUAUCUUUUCCACGUAUACGGCGUCGAGAUCCUCUCCGUCCGCAGCUAUGUCAAACAAUCACGCGUACAAUCCGGUCGUCCAGGCCUAAUUAGACCCGCAUUCAAGCGAUGGCAUCGCCCCCGAGCAACGAAAUUCAUGACAGUAGAAUUGGCGAGGCCGUUCGUUUGGCCAGAGGAGCCCGACGACGGGUAUGUAGAGUGGGGACUGAAGGAGAACAAUGACGUCGAGAAGGAAAACACAAAGUGGCAGGAGCUGCACAUGGGGCAGAAUAGAGAUCAGUUGGUCAAUGAGGAGAGGAGGGAGAGAAUGCGGGAGCAGGCGAAGGCGCUGUUGGAAGGGAAAGCGAAAUGGAAGGCACCUGAGGGGAGAACGGGGAGGGAUUUUAGGAGAGGGGAAUAAUGAGAGCGCCCGGCAUAGUACGUGGGAGAGACAUGCUGAGAGAUGUGAAAGACUUGCACAGUGAUGCGCUCCUUUGCCUGGUGAUCUGUCGCCGACAGCUGGCGGCCGUGCGGUAUCCGGGUAGGAAGAUGACAUUGUCAUACCCUAAGAGGAGAAGUACGGCCGGGAUUGGCAUAGCCGUACAGCAAGAAUUCCGGAUCCCACAGGGCCUCUCACGAAACGUGCCCUGUAGUAUCAGGAGGCUUUUUCCAGACUCGAACUUCGGUCAUAAUGGACAGCUGCACAAAGCUACCACAAAGAACUGCACAAGAGGCAUGCCAAUGGGCGACACGCCUUGUCAUGGCAGGCCUCAAUUGGGUGUGCAAGCACGCCAGGAUUCACGAAGCGACUGAUGGCGCGAGAAAGCAUGUGGUGUAGCGUAUAGGUCGUAAAGCAGGAGCAAGGCAGCUGAAGCAGCAUCUGAAUUGCGACGUAACAUUUCAAACCACAG